CAACAAUUAGACCCAAGAUCACUGUUUACUCUGAGGCAGGUGACAGUAGUAUCGAGACUAUCACACUACCAGCAGUGUUUAAAGCACCUAUUAGACCUGAUAUUGUUAGAGUAGUUCACACCAAUAUUUCAAAAAAUAAUCGUCAACCUUAUGCUGUCUCAUCAAAGGCUGGUCAUCAAACAUCUGCUGAGUCUUGGGGUACUGGUCGUGCUGUAGCACGUAUCCCUCGUGUAUCUGGAGGCGGAACACAUCGUGCUGGUCAGGGAGCUUUUGGUAAUAUGUGUCGUGGAGGACGUAUGUUUUCACCUACAAAAACUUGGCGUAAGUGGCAUGUUAAAACCAAUUUAAAUCAAAAAAGAUAUGCCAUCGCAUCAUCAUUAGCAGCAUCAUCAGUUCCAGCUUUAGUUUUAGCACGUGGACACAGGAUUGAAGAGAUUCAAGAAGUUCCAUUGGUGAUAGGUGAUGGUAUUGAAUCAUUGGAGAAGACAAAAGCAGCAGUCCAAUUGCUUAAAGCAGUUAAUGCUUAUCGAGAUAUUACUAAAGUAUCCAAUUCUCGUAAAUUGAGGGCUGGCAAGGGGAAAAUGCGUAACAGGCGUCACAGACAACGUAGAGGACCUCUUAUUGUUUAUAAUACUGAUAAUGGAAUUGUUAAGGCAUUUCGUAAUAUUCCUGGUGUUGAAGUAGUUAAUGUUAGAAGUUUGAAUUUAUUACAAUUAGCACCAGGUGGUCAUUUAGGUAGAUUUGUUAUCUGGUCUCGAAGUGCUUUUGCUUUGUUGGAUUGUUUGUUUGGCACCUACAGAAGAUCUUCUUCUAUGAAGAAGGAUUAUCGUCUACCAUCACAUAUCAUAUCCAAUUCUGAUGUAACACGUCUCAUCAACUCUAAUGAAAUCCAAUCAAUCCUAAGACCAGCAAGAGAGAAACACACAAAACGACCAUAUACACAAAAGAAGAAUCCAUUACGUAACAAUGGUGUCAUGAUUCGUCUUAAUCCUUAUGCUAAAAUAUUGAAAAGAGGUGAAAUUAUACGUGCUGAAAAAUUGAAAUCUGGUAAAAUCCAAAAGAGUAAACGUCAAGCAAAGGCUAGUACCAAGGCAUCAGAAAAAUUUUUGAGUAUUUUGUUAUCAGAUAAUUAA